GGCAAUUGCAACCUAUUUGAACGCGCGGUUUCGACAUUAGAAUAUUCACGCUCUUUUACGCAGGUCCUCGGAUGUCUCCCCCAGAUGCCCGAACGCGCCGUAAAAUCAGCUUGAAACCAGCCAAAGUGCUGACUGGAUCAAUCAGUAACAGACUCAUACCAAUCGUAUUACCCUCUAAUGUCAUAUUCGUGCUAGCGCUCUAUGCAGCAAAAGAAUUACUUCUCUCAUAUGAUGUGGGAGUGUUCUGGGUGCUUAUGAGGGUGUUGGCUUGUGGUGGUUUGGGUAUGAUGAUAUGGGAAGCUUUUACGGGGAAGCUGAUGAGGAAUGGCAAUAUAGAGUGGACAGCAAUUGGUGUGUCGUCAUUGCUGCUCUUCGUGCAGCAAGCGGCCCUAUUUACAGCAUUGUACCGUCUUCCCUCUCCAAGGGUAAUGUUAUUCAGUCAUUUCUCCGCAAUGUGGGUGGACUCCUUCAUAGCCCCCGCUUCGAUGUGGAAGCCCAUCCUGACUUUCUCGUCAUUUCUACUCUCAUUUGCCUCGGACGCGAUUUUGUCGAGACGCAGCGUCUCCAUCAUUGCCCCUGGUUAUGGAGCCUUGGUUAUGCAUGGCAUAUCUACUUAUGCUCUUGAACAUCUUCGUGGUGUCUUAGCUCCGACUGUGAACCCCACUUUGACAACGGCUGUCAGUACACUCGGUGCAGCGGUUGUUGGACUCCCGCUUUACGCCUUCAGACAAGCCCUCCUUGACCUUCCGCCAACACCUAUUGUUCCUCUAACCUCCUUGGCAGUCCUUCCAAUUCUGGCAUAUACGAUGAUAUUUUUGACUCCGGACACAAUUGGCAUGCAAUUCAACGUCAACCAGACAUCUCAAAUGUUCUUGGUCUCCUACCCGUUCGCCUUCAUUGUUGCGACUGCCAUGGGUUUCCUUGGUUUUUCUCAGCGCCCCCAUUGGAUCGAUUUACUGCUGGGGGUGAUGCUCUAUUAUUCAAUACGUCCAGACAAUGAUCCUACACUUUCGGGUCCAUCGCGUACUCCAGUACCGAAAGUUAUGAGGUUCUAUCUGAACUCGAUACUUUCGGACCCCGAGUCAAGGAAGAUAUUUUAUUUUCUUAUGUUGAAUCUAGCCUUCAUGCUAGUCCAGAUGUUAUACGGUGUCUGGACAAACAGCUUGGGUCUGAUCUCUGAUGCUAUCCAUAUGGCAUUUGAUUGCUUGGCCAUUGGCGUCGGCUUACUCGCUUCGAUCAUGGCCAAAUGGCCUCCAGAUGAACGAUUCACGUACGGAUACGGCCGAAUCGAAACUUUGUCAGGAUUUGCCAAUGGAAUAUUCCUCAUCUUAAUAUCUGUUUUCAUCGUCUUUGAAGCUAUACAACGAAUAUUGGACCCUCCGGAAAUGACGACGAACCAGCUGCUGCUAAUCAGCUCCCUCGGACUAGGUGUCAACUUGUUUGGCAUGUAUGCUAUGGGCGGCCAUCACCAUCAUGGUCAUUCACAUAAUCAUGGACAUGAUCACCAGCAUCAUUCACAUAAUGGGCAUUCUCACCACGAUCACUCGCAUGCUCAUGGUGACCAUGUCCACGAACAUGACAGUCACCCGGUCGGUGCCCAUUCGCAUGACCAUGCGCCGUCCAAGCCCAGUGAACCUCUGCAGUCCUCGCUAUCCCAUGAAGACUCGCAUGCACACAAGCACUCCUCACAUCUGCAUUCUUCAAAUCACUCAUCCUCUUGCUCGGAUCAUGACUCCCAUUCUCAUUUAGACUCGCAUUCACACUCUGAUCAUGCACAUACCCAUCCUCCCCCUUCCCCUUUGCCUGUAGAUCAAGAGGGUCCUUCAAUACGUGGCCGCAAGCCUCACUCUCGAGGUCCUUCCCUCCAUAUACCCACUGAUGGUGCUCAAGUCGCAUCUGCCAUUCCAUUUCCCCUAUCUUCCCCCAGUGGCGUAGACUCGCCGCUCUCACCCAGCUACCCUAGCACUCUGAAGCACGACCAUCAUCACCACUACCACCAUGGGAUGGAGUCUUCGGAACACAGCUCACACGACCAUGAUCAUGGCCAUGAUCACGAACACGAACACGUGCACCAUCACGAAGGACACAGUGACAAUAUGCGUGGCGUUUUCUUGCACGUUAUGGCGGACACGCUCGGUUCUGUCGGAGUCAUUAUCUCGACCCUCCUCAUCCAGUUUUAUGGAUGGACGAUAUUCGAUCCCAUAGCGUCGUUGUUCAUUGCGAUCAUGAUCGCUGCAAGUGUUAUACCGUUGGUAAUUGACACAGGUAGAGUUCUGAGCCUUGAUAUGGGGACCCGCGAGAAAGAAGUCCAACAAGCACUCUCUGAGCUUGCCUUCGUGGAUGGUGUUGCCUCUUACUCAUCCCCCCAGUUUUGGCCCAAAGACUCAGCAAACGUCAUUGGCUCGAUUCACAUCCAGCUCGCGCUUUCAUCACACAAACAUCCUAACACUGAUGGCGUGCGCAAACGCGUACAUGAACUUUUACGGAGCAGAAUCUCUGGGCUUGAAGAGCUGACCAUACAGUUGGAAGAGGAGGGAGACUCGUUGGGGAGUAGAUAACGCGGACUGAGCCCACGUCAUCGCAUAUAUUUGUAUACAAUUUAAUCGUACGCCGUGCAUCCAUUCGCAUCACUUCGUGUGCCCAGAUAUUUCUGAACAGCUUCUCCGUUUUGCAGGCCUUAGUCGGCGGAAGACUGACCGCAUGAGUUAUAGAUCUAUCGUGACGUGCGCAAAGAAGCGCACUGCCGUGUCAGAUUUAGCUUUUUUGUCUCUUUUUCCGCGCUACGGAGCAGGUGGUUGAAUCGCGGAGACGAAGCUGGUCAGCAUUUGCCUCGAGCGUUACGCGCAACUGGUUCAGAUCGAGCACGCAGACGAGUCAAAGAUGAUUCACAUGGUGAGG